UUCAAAACAUUGCCAUUACAUAAAUGUUUGUGUAAAAUAAUAUCAGCAAAUUGACUGACCCUCGUAUCUAAUCUUUAGACUUUUACAGCGUGUGACCGAAGAAAACAAGAUGGUUUACAAACUCUGAGUAAUACUUACUAAACCUAUUUUUCUAAACUACUCUUUAUUUCAACUAGAUACCAUGUACAUUUUAUUGUAAUUCAACUUAGUCAACGGAGAAAUGUGUAUAAAACUAAAUAUUGCCCUACCAAUAAAAAAAAACUAGCGAUCGCUUCAGCACAGUGGUAAGACUGGUCGCUUCGCAAUCAGCUGGCUCCGUUUCAAUUCUCAAUUUUCUGGCAAACUUACGAUGGUUUACAAACUUACGAUGGUUUACAAACUUACGAUGCUUAACACAGGAUGAGACUGCUCCUUUGCAAAGCGAUUCUCUCUAAUAUUGCCUUAAAAAGAAGUUUCCGUGAUACAGUAGGUGUUGGCACGAUAAAACAAAUCCUCAUUGUUACGACCCUUUGUGUCAUGCAUAGGCAUUUCAUCCAUGGCUGGUAACGUAUCUACACGUCUCGAGUGAAAAGUUGUUUUUUUUUAAAUGGGACGUAAAACAGCAUGUGAUGAUGAACAACCAAAAAUUGCUUUUUACCAAGCGUGUUUUCUCCAGUUUUUAUUAUCAUUUUCUUUCCAAAUAUUGCUUAAGAAUCAAUAUAUCUACAGUCACAUAAUGCCGAAAAGGUACAAAAAUAUCCCUUUCUUCCACGUAACGGUAAAGUUACAUAAUUUCUUGCAAAACCGUUCAGAGUUGGGGGCCUAACGAACACGUGACUGUUGUGGUCAACGUGCUGGUAACCUCCACCUUGGAUUCUUAUAUAACGGGCUUUGGAAUCAGUUGAAAUUUUAGAACUAUCAUUUCAGUGAGACGAACAUGACAGAAAGGUUGAAACACCUUAUAUUCAUUUUGUUUGUAGUAUUCUGUAUUAACGAAAUCAAGUGCUCGGGAAAUUUGGAAAAUGAAGUAGAUAGAGUACUGAAAAAGGUGUUAGCGUGUCGUCCACUUACCCCUGGGGUGACAAUUGGUGUAGUUAAAGAUGGUAAAAUCCUCAUGGCUAAAGGUUACGGAGUGGCUGACGUCAGUACCAACAGACCUGUGACCAAUGAAACACUGUUUGAAAUAGCCUCCAUGUCAAAAGCGUUUGGUGCAACGCUCCUAAUGAAGCAGAUUGGAAGAAGUGUAAAUUUAACCAUUCAUUCAAAAUUAAAAGAACUUCUUGGUCCAACGUUCAGCUUUGCUGACGCUAAUCGAAACAACUUGGCAGAAAUCAACGAUAUCUUAUCUCAACAGUUGGGAAUCCCUGGUCAUAUAUACAUGAAACUGGACCUCAACCUCACCCGAACUAAUUUACUAACGCGAUUCAAGUACCUAAAUGGUACCAAACCGUUGCGGGCGGGGUUUCUGUAUAGCGGAAUGAACUAUGGUCUCGCCAUGAUAAUCUCAGAGCGACUGGGCGGGAAAACAUGGGAAGAACUGAUAAAAAAAGAGAUAUUUGAUCCGCUUGGAAUGACGUCAUCAACCGUAAUGUCCAUCAUACCCGACUUGAGUAAUGCAGCCAGGGGAUAUGUUUACACGCCAAAUUAUACCCUUGUUCCUGUUGAGUUUUCGUUGUCUCGACAAUGGGCGAUAUUGGCAUCUGCAAGUGGUAUUGCCACUAACGCAGUCGACAUGACAAAAUGGAUGAAUUUCCAUCUACGUGGUGGACGUAAUGAUCUGAAUGUCAGUGUCAUGAAUUCUACUUUGGUGGAUAUGCUCCAUGCACCACGUGUUAAACUUCCACAUGAUUCCAAGUCGUGGCAGCCAGGAACGACUCACAGAAUGGUGGAAGACACGUAUGCGUAUGGAUGGAAAAACGGUCACUACAGAGGGUACACCAUGAUGAACCAUGGAGGAACGUCCUGGGGUUACUCCUCUUUUAUAAGUCUAUACCCCGAUCUAAACAUGGGCAUCUUUACUGCUCUAACUGGUCGAGACAGAUACUAUAUGUUUCAAACAGCUCUUCACAACUACCUCUUUGACAGCGCAAACAACAUCACCUCGUGGUUCAACCAGUCCAUUCUCUGUAACUACCCGGACCCAUGGUACAAAAGAGAAACCUAUCUAGGAGCACACGAUAUUGAUAGAAGCAUUCGUCCCUCUCGUCCUCUUACGGAAUAUACUGGGAUCUAUACAAAUCCUGCCUAUGGUGACUUGUACAUCUUUAUGAACGAAAUGAACAACUUGGAGAUGGCCUAUGGAAUGGGGUCUUGGAACAUCUAUCCCCGACACGAAAGGGACGAGUUCUCUGGCGCGUCAUCUGGUGAUAUAUACAGAGUGAUCGAACUUAAUCGUAUCGCGUUCUUUUCUGAUGGUAAAGGGCAUAUCACUUCCGUUAAACAACAUAGCUUUGACUGGGACGAACCACCCGUGUUUGUGAAAGUCGAUUAAAUAUUGACAUGCAGUGUUUGUAAUAAAAAAAAUUCAUUGAA